AUGACUAAAACUAAAGAAGAUGUUGUCGCCUUUUAUAAUGUGGAAGAGACAAAUGAAUUACUAGCCGAAGAGGGUAAACCAAUUUGGAAACUUCUCUUAGAACAAUUCGAUGAUCUCUUAGUCAAAAUUUUACUUGCUGCUGCUUGUAUAUCAUUCGUCUUAGCCUUAUUCGAAGAACAUAAAGAAGAAGAUAGUCUUGUGGCAGCUUUUGUUGAACUACUUGCUAUUCUUCUUAUGCUUAUUGCAAAUGCAGCUGUCGCUGAAGUUAAUGAUAUACAAAUCGAUCAAUUUGAAGUAAUUGGUUCAAUUUAUGAACCAAAAGAUGAUAUAAUGUUUAAUAGAACAAAAUUUAAUUGUUCUGAUCGUAGCGAAUUAGUUGAAUGUGCUGCUUUCAGCAUUAGAUUAUAA